AAAUAGCAAUAUGUAUGAAGGAAUUUACUAUUACGUAUAUAUAGAUAGUCCAUAUUGUUAAUUUGUACUUUGAAAAAUCUUUGUUUAGUGCACGUGACAAAAUAUUUUCACUGUCUUAAAUUUUACGGUGGAUAAUUCAUCUUCGAAAUGAGGGUUUUAAGUCUUAAAACGCGAUAUUAAGUUACUGUUUAAUUUAAUACCGAUAUAUUUUCAAAUGUACUGUCUGCAUCUUGCUAAUAAACAAUGAUUAUUUUAAAUUUACUGUCAAAUCUAGACGUUUCGAUACCUGGUAGUUCAAGUGCAAAUGACUUCCAUCAUAUUGAGGAGAUCUGUUGAGUGUCUGGUUGGGGCUUUGUACUCUUAAUAACAUCACUUGUAAAAUGGCUGUAAAAGAGAUCCAUGACAUUGGUCAGGAGAUGGAGGUGUAUUGGAGAAUCUGUCAGUGAUGUAAUGAGCAGGAGGUGAACCAAAAGAGGAUGAAGCGAUCCUUUGCAUCAUCAUCUUUGUCGCAACCACAGCAGGCCAGUGGGUCCAGCAAGUUGCCAAGGAUAGAAGGACAACAAAGGUCUGAAAGGGGAUCUUCAAGCAGUAAACAGAAAGGCCCCUUCCCAACUAGUGGGGAAACAAAACGAGCAGGACCAUACUUACUUGGUCCUAGAUUGCAGGCUUCACCUGUCAAAAGUAUUGUGCAAUGUUUGGCAAGGAAAGAGAACAGUGAUGAUUUUUAUACAUUAAAGAUGCUCACCCUUGAGUACCCCAAUAAGGAGAGCCAGGAUGACCGGCAGGGUAAGAUGCUCCUGCACACUGAGUACUCCUUGCUGUCACUAUUGAGGCAUCAGGACGGGGUAGUCCAUCACCAUGGACUUUUCAAAGACGAGGCAUGGGAGGAGAGGGAAGUUUUGGACCCGUCUGGCCGUAUUCAGUAUACAGGACAAAGGAAGCAGCGACUUUGUCUAGUCCUGGACUGUCUCAUCCCUCACGACUUCAGCAAUAAAAACGCAGACCUCAUCAACCUUCAGCAUUAUGUCAUAAAGGAGAAGAAAUUGACAGAAAAAGAGGCCAUUGUUAUCUUCUAUGAUAUUGUCAGAGUUGUAGAAAGUCUUCACCAGAAAAAUAUUGUACACCGUGACUUGAAACUUGGAAACAUGGUUCUAAACAAACGAACAAGGCGAAUUAUCAUUACAAAUUUCUGUCUUGGAAAACACUUAGUGUCUGAAAAUGAUUUGCUGAAAGAUCAGAGAGGCAGUCCAGCAUACAUCAGUCCUGACGUCCUCAGUGGCAAGCCUUACCUGGGUAAGCCCAGUGAUAUGUGGGCCCUAGGAGUUGUCCUCUUCACUAUGCUGUACGGUCAGUUCCCAUUCUAUGACAGUGUGCCUAAUGAGUUGUUCAGGAAGAUUAAAUCAGCCGAGUACACCAUACCAGAUGAUGGACGAGUAUCCCAGGAUACCAUCACAGUCAUCAGAAACUUGAUGGUGCUCACUCCAGAAACUAGAAUGACAGCUACACAGGUGAUGACAGCUCUCCAGUCUGUCAUAUCCAAAUGGCGUGCCAUGUCGAGUAUGUCGGGGCAGAUACAGGUAGUUCCUGACAUUGACACCUGUCCAGCUACAGAAGAAGAUAGCAGUUCAUCCAGUGCAGGACCCUCUUCCGCCACAUCUCAAGCCAGCGAACUCGAGCAAAGACUGAACCAUAUACACUCAGCUCACCAUGAGUCCACAAAACCUCCUCCAAAGGCACCUCUGAGUCGGCGACGCACACCAAACACACAUCCACCAAUACGCAGGCUUAACACAGACGCACAACCCCUCACACAAACUGAAGCCAUGUCUCAUCACCAACUUCUGUCACAGCAUGCAACUUAGACUAAUAAAUCACCUCUACCUAACCCCCUACAAAACACAUACAAGGAAUAAACAGAAUCAUCUCUUCCCAUCAUAAUGGAAUGGAUGAGGGUUAUGAAACACUAAUGCAGUCAAGAUUCUUGUGACCACCUAACAUCCCCCCACCCACUCACACAUUAAUAAAUGAGGUAUAUAAUUCACUACCACUACCUACAAAUACCUCAAGUCCUUAAAUUACCAUUACUGUUUAUAAGGCAUUAAACAUGAUAAGACCACUCCUAUAAAUACCCUUCUAUUCCAAUAUAGUAUACUGAUGGCUACUUCAUAUCUGUAACCAUCCCCACUCCCACACACGGGUGCAAAGGUCAACUCACUGCUUACACUAAUUGCACCAUAAAAUUGCACCAUUUUAUCAACUCCAAGGCAAUCCAUAAAAUAGCUAAGGUAUUGGUUGAAGUGUUUAUCAACCAGCUAUUUACCUAAACACCUUCUGUCACUUUGAUUGGUUGAAAUCCUGAACUAUGUGAUACGUCAGUUUAAAGAUUUGCUCUGUUGGACUCAGUGCUCCUCCGUUAUCUAUGAUGUAGUAGUACCAUAUUGAAUGGUUAAGAUUCACAAAUUGAUAGCUUUAUGAAUACUCAGAACUAAGUAUAAUCAAAUUAUUCCAAAAUAUUUUAAAUUAAGGAUGGGCAUAGAGAUGUAUACAUAGCCAUGUCAUAUUUCGUUUGUGAUCAUUGAUGUUUAUCAAUUAAAAGUGUGGUAGAAAGAAAUUUCACAGCUCAAGACACUUUAUUUACUGGUAGACAAUUUUCAAAUUUUAAAAAGGGAAAAUCUCAGAAUUUGUUUUAUUCUAAGACAACUAUUAACUUCACAUUUCACAAAGUAAAUUAAGGUCAUUUACGACCUAUUAGUAAACCAUCCCCUCCCAUACCACACACAUACAUAUACAUAUACACAGGGUAUGUGUCACUGGCUAUACACACCUGUAGCCAUCCCCUCCCAUUCCACACACAUACAUAUACACAGGGUAUGUGUCAGUGGCUAUACACACCUGUAGCCAUCCCCUCCCAUUCCACACACAUACAUAUACACAGGGUAUGUGUCACGGGCUAUACACCCCUGUAGCCAUCCCCUCCCAUACCACACAUAUACAUAUACACAGGGUAUGUGUCACUGACUAUACACACCUGUAGCCAUCCCCUCCCAUACCACACAAAUACAUAUACAUAUACACAGGGCAUGUGUCACUGGCUAUCCACACCUGUAGCCAUCCCCUCCCAUUCCACACACAUACACAUACAUAUACACAGGGUAUGUGUCACUGGGUAUACACACCUGUAGCCAUCCCUCCC